AACGGCUUGUGGGGGAGUCAGUGGAAUCCAGCCCGCUGCAGCAGAGGUUGAGACGGAGGACCGGCGGCAGCAACAAGUAGCAAAGCGACCUGUUAACCACUGCGGUGUAUUUUUGUUGUUUUUACCUGAGUUGCGACCCCACCCUACCUGCUAUGACAAAAUGGCCAUUAUCCUGUGCUUGCGAGGGCUCGAUGUGAAGGCAGGUACUGAAGAUAUAAGGCAGUUCUUUAAAUGCCUGUUUAUACCCAAUGGUGGCGUGUACAUAGUGGGAGGAAGUCUCAGAGAGGCUUUUAUUGCAUUCACCACCGAGCGAGAUGCCAAACUCGCCAUGACUCACACUGGAGAUCUGCUCAAGGGGUCCAAAGUGACCCUACACAUCAGCAGCAUGGAGGAGCUGGAGCUUAAGUUAAAGCUACAUAUGAAGAGGAAGGAUGUGACGUUGCAGAUGAAGAAAGAGGCUUUGAAGUUGCAGAAGAAGACACAGGAUGUGACGUUGCAGAUGGAAAGGAAGGAGGAGAAGUUACAAAUGAAGAUACAGGAGGAGAAGAAUAUAAAUAAACCCUCCCCCACCCAACAAGGUAUCAAGAGUCCUCAAACAUCUCCGGAUGCGAAUUGGCCCCCUUUGAAUGCACACGAUCUCAAUACUUUAAAUCUAGCAUCAUCUACUGCGCGGCCUCUUGAUCCCCGCAUUGCAAAACGGAAUCAGCCUUUGCAUCAAAAUACUGCAACUCUACAAACUGCAGUAGUGAACACACUUGAUCCCAAUACUGCCUUUCUUCUCGGGAUGUGCACCGUCCUUCAAAGGCUCCAGACAUCCAGUCCUGAACAAAACAGUGAGGGCGGGCAAAAUACUGAUUUCCCCAAUGCAGACAGCAAAUCUGUCGCGUGUGAUUUUGUAAGGACAUCAGAACUAACCCUGGACUCAAGCCCCGGUUAUGUCAGGCUCUUUGGUCUGCCUACCUCAGCUACAAAAGAGGACAUAUGCAGCUUUUUCGCAGGGUUGGAAGUACAGGAAGCCAUGGUUAAUGUGAGGUUGGGACGCGGCCAUGGCUGCCUUGUGAAGUUUGCAAAAGUGGACGAUGAAUGCGAUGCUCUUCAUUUCAACAAUCAGUUCCUGGGGCCCAACCGUGUGGAGGUACGUGGAGCAACUGAGAAGAUGUGGACCAGUGCGCUGCAGGAAUGUGAGAAUGUUGAUGAUGGUAUGAGAGGGAAGCCCCACCCAAACCCCAAACAAACAUUCCCUUUGUUACCGCUGAGGAAGAGGCGGUCGGAUCAUCUGUCUCCAAAUAAACAGAUAAAAAAGCCAAGACCAUACUGUGAGUCAGUAUCUUCCUUAGCUCCAAGAAUGGACUACAUUGUCAUGGCCUGCAAUCUCCCCCAAAAGAUGACUAAGACUGAAAUAAAGGAAUUGUUUCAAUGUCCAAACCUUGCACACAAAAGUGUACUUCACCUGCUGGACAACGAAGGCAACAGAACAGACACAGCUUUUCUUAUUUUUAACCGCAUUGAGGAUAAAGACUAUGCAAUAAAUCUCAAUGGGUGCCAUGUGGGUUCUGCCAUCAUUGAGGUAUCAUCAAUCACACAGGAAAAGAUGAAGGACUUGAUGGCUAAAACCCAUCCCAGGAUGAUGAGGAUGAAACCAAAUCAGAAGAGGAAAUCUGCCCCACACUCAAAGAGAACUGCUCAGAGGUGCUUGUUUGUUAGAAACUUGGCGUCAGAUGUAAAAGUGAGUCAAAUGCAAAACCUGUUCUGCAAGUACAAACCGAUGGAUAUACAUAUAUUGCAUGACAGUGAUGGCAACAGUAUUGGUGAGGCCAUAGUUCAGUUCAAGUCACCGAAGCCUGCAGCCCUGGCCCAAAGGCUCAAUGGUCAGGACUUAAUGGGGGCCCACCUGCUCCUAACCUGCAUUAGUGUAAAGCAGAUGAAUGACAUCUUGGCAAAAACAUUGCCAUCACCGUUGCCAAAGACUGACUGAGAUCUUCAUGUUCCUUUCAAGACAUUUAUAUUCCAGCUGUUAUUCUGCUCCACUUAAUCAGCCCAUUGAAUUUCUUUUUUUACCUAUCAAAUGUCUUAAUUUUGUUCUGUUAUUAUUUUGUACCGUCGAUUUAAAAAUAAAUAUUGUUUAAACACUG